AUGCCACCAUCAUCGAAUCUCGUCAAUUCUGACAACCCACACCAUGCGCAGUGCUUCUUUCAUCAUUCAGUCCUCAAUUCUAUAUGUAACGGCCUCAAACGCAAUGGUGGACGGUGCACAAGCAAAGCGAACCAAUUCCCCAUCGGAUACCUCCCAACAUGCAAGUUGCACAUAGAUCAGUACCAGCGAGCAGGCAGCUGUCGCGCCAUAGAAGAAUGCGGUGAACGUUGUGGAAGACCGUGCCACUAUAGGCCACCGCUUCUCGAGGUUUGCCGGGAACAUGCGAAUGGCACUCCUACUAUUCCUUCUUACAUUCUGAAGAUACCCACGGAGAUUCGAAUGGCCAUCUUUUGGUACCUAUUUCCGAACUACAUCAAGGCAAAACCAUUUCCUCAGAGCCCCAUCGAACGUGGCAUGCACGCUGCGAUUCUCCAAGUCAACCGCCAAAUGUACGACGAAGCAAGCACAGUUCUAUAUCAACAAGUCCCCUUCCGUGCAUCUAUAGAGUGCGAUGAAAUCUUCAUUUGCCACAAUUUCAUAAAGCCGAGCCUACGUACUAUUGCUCGUCGCAUUCGAAAUCUUGAAGUAACCUUGCACAUUGGGCACAAACCCUACUACGGGACUGGAAUUCACUCGGACCACGGUAUCAGCUUCGAAGACUUCCGACUAUACCAAGUCCGGCACAAUGCCCGCAAGUUAGUGGAGCUUCUUCAACCCACAAUAGAAGACGGCAGUCAGUCCGGCUUACAUCAAUUGUCCCUGUCUCCUCAAGCAGACCACAUAUUCAAUUGGACUCGUGAAGAAGCAAUCCAGGCUAUCGCCUUUGCGAUAGGCCCAUUCAGAAAUCUCUGCAAUAUCCGCCUAGCUUCCUUGAAGUCCGCUUCGUUGUCCUCGGCAAGUGAGCCUAACAUUAUGGUUGGGGUCUCUGAAACUACUUCAAUGCCUGAAGAUGAGGCAUAUUUCAAGAUCCAGCGCACUUUUGGAUCAGAGCUGAAGAAAGGCCCGGAAACAACACUUUCUCAUCGCAAAAUGCUCAAAGAAAUUGAUGAGAAUGUUGAAAAGAUCGAAAGUCUUGUUCAACUGCUAAAACGAAAGGAUGCUAUUCAGGCCCCUUCUUGGCACAUGACGCUCAAAUGGUCCGUUUCCAUCUUUGGUGGGGCAGACCGGGUUCUCCACUAUGCUCGUUUCCUCCGAGAGCACGAAGAAUUAAGCGAAUUCUGUGCCAUCCGCCAAGCGAUACAACAACGGUGGUUGAGAUAUCAGGAGUUUGCUCGUCGACAACAGUGUGACAUUGCCGACCAUAUACUGGCUUUGUCUGACAAAACCGAGCAGUCGAGCUUAAAAGCUCGGUUCCCUUCGAGUUUCCGGCUAAGUUCUCCAGAUGUCGAGGGUCAAGAUACCUUGGAGCCUAUUGAAGUCAGCCUCUGGCCUGAACUAGAGAUGAAACUGGGACUGCCAUUCUUGCAUGAAAACUCGGUUGAGGAGUGGGAGGAUGAUGAGUGCCUGUACUUCAAGCAUGAUAAUCAAGUCAGAUUCCGCUUGAAGACUCCCCAAAUCAUGAGGGAGAAGAGGAGUGAUGGAAGCCGAGGCUAA